AUGUCCCACCGUUUUGUUCUGUUGAUAAUAAUCAACAGUAUUUUUUUAUUGUUUUUACAUGCUUUUGCAGAUACAGGAAGAGGUUUAAUGGCUUCCAGAGACAUAUCCCCGAACAGCAUUGUCAUUUCCAUUCCAGAGAGAUUCAUCAUUUCAACAAAAUCAGUAGCUGAGUGUGCCAUCAAGGAUUAUAUCAUCAAGUACAAAUCUGGAGUGAGGUUGUCACCUUUGGAAGCACUGGCUUUCUUCGUAAUGUAUGAAAAAUCUCUAGGUUUGAAUUCAACAUGGUUUCCAUACUUGAAUAUGCUCCCUUCAGCUUAUUCGUUGCUUCAUCUAUGGAGCGAUGAUGAGUUGGAACUUUUGCCUACCUUCAUUUCAUCAUCAGUUUCGUGCCAAAAACAAGAUGUUAAAUGUUCAUAUGAAAAAAUUAAAAAAGUCAUAAUGUUGAUGUGUAAUCAGCAAGUUAUUUCAGAGUCUCAAAUCGAAAUACAUUUUAAUUUUUAUCUUUUCCAAUGGGCAUUGUCAACAUUAAUGACAAGAUCCGUCUACAUGAAGCAAAAGAUUUCUUACAACUGGUUGACUGCUGAUGCUGAUGUUUGUGCACUCGUUCCUUUCUUAGAUAUGUUUAAUCAUUCUCCUGCUGCAAAGAUGGCAGCUGGAUUCAAUGAACACAAUCAACAUUAUGAGAUUAAAACAUUUGACUCCUUUAAAAAAUUUGACCAGGUGUUCAUAACUUAUGGGUCUCAUGAUAAUACAAAUCUUUUGAUCAAUUACGGAUUUUUGUGGCCAGAUAACCCCAACGACUGUGUGAUGAUUCAAUUUGGUUUGUUUUUUUUCUGA